AUGAACGCUGGAGGAUUGCUUGGCCUGAGAAAAAUGGGGAGGAAGACGUGGUUCAACGACGACGGGAUGAAGAAAGGAGAGUGGACGGCGGAGGAAGACCAAAAGCUUGUCGCUUACAUCCACGAGCAUGGCAUCUGUGAUUGGCGUUCUCUCCCUCAAAGAGCUGGUUUGCAGAGAUGUGGAAAGAGCUGUAGAUUAAGGUGGCUUAAUUAUCUAAGGCCUGGGAUUAAAAGAGGCAAAUUCACUCCUCAAGAAGAAGAAGAAAUCAUCAAACUUCAUGCUGAUCUAGGAAACAGGUGGGCAGCCAUAGCGAAGCAAAUGGAGAAUCGAACAGACAACGACAUCAAGAACCAUUGGAACUCUUGUCUCAAGAAAAGACUGUCAAGGAACGGAAUCGACCCGAUGACCCACGAGCCCAUUGUCAAUAACACUAACCAAGAAUGUGGUAGCUCUUCCACGACGGGAAGCACUUUUUCCUCCUCACCUUCUGGCUCGGCUUGUAUCCUGAACAAGCUGGCCGCAGGUAUCUCAUCUAGACAACACGAUCUCGACACGAUCAAGAACAUCUUCUUAGACGCGAAAAUCACCAGCAGUGAUGACCAAGACGAAGAACAAGGGUUAAAGAGGGACCAAAAUAUUGAUGGUGGUGGUCAAGAAGAUGAUUUUCUGAUAUUGGACGAUGUAGAUAUUAGCCGUUAUAUGCAGGACACUGAGGAAAUGGAGUACGAGACUACAUCGUACUCGUACGACUCUCUCUUGUACGACUCUGUCAUGUCCGAAAGUACUGACAUACUUGAUCAUCUCUUUUGACUUGAUCAAGUGCUAGUGUGUGUUGUUAAUGUAGACCACUUAAUUUGACCAAGGGGAAUGAAGUUUUGCAUAUGGUUUUUGAUUAAAAUAUAAUGUAGAAAGAAGUUUUCAUACUAUGAAAUUUCAC